CGGUGAACGCAACUUCAUAAAUACGCGAGAAGAGACGCGACGUUUCACUUUCCGUCAAGAGUCUUGUGUAAAAAGAAUCUGUGAUUUGUCUGAUUUUUGGUUUUGCGAGUGUACUUUGGUCUGAAAGAAAAAAAAAAAUGUCGUGGAGAGGAAAACGAAAAGACGAGGAUGUCCGAGCAUCAGAUGACGAUUCUGAAACCCACGCUCCGGCUAAGAAAGUCGCAAAGCCAGCCGAAUCCUCCGAGGAGUCUGACGACAUCGUCGUCUGCAAUAUAUCGAAGAACAGGAGAGUCUCUGUGAGGAAUUGGAACGGGAAGAUUUGGAUUGACAUACGUGAGUUCUAUGUCAAGGACGGUAAAACUUUGCCUGGCAAGAAAGGUAUCUCUCUAAGUGUGGAUCAGUGGAACACUCUUCGGAACCACGCAGAUGGUAUUGAUAAGGCGCUCGCUGACCUUUCUUAGUUUUUUUUUAAACUUGAAUUGUAUCAUCGGGGGUAGUAAAGUCUAGUAGAAGAUGAUGACUCCAAGUGUUUUUGUUAUUUGGAUCUGCUUAAGCCUUUUGACGGUGUAUCAUGGAAUCUUUCUAUCUCUUUUGGUUCAGACAUGCUUUAGUCGGAGCAUUGCCUUAAAAAAUGAUGAUCACUCUUUUA